ACCAGCCCACAGUGAGCUGCCAAAGAGGAAGUGCAGCUUGUUUUCUUUCAUUUUCUUGAUUCCUAUGCUGUAGGAAGAUGAAAGGAGAAGGAGGAGGAGGAGGAGGCAACAGCGGCAGCCAAACUUAAAUAAUUCUGACGAUUCCCGAUAUCAAAUGGAGGCCCCUGAGUGGGACCCACUGAAAAAUGACACCCUUCCGCCGACCCUGACGCCAGCUGUCCCUCCGUAUGUGAAGCUGGGCCUGACCAUUGUAUAUACUGUUUUUUAUUCACUGCUUUUUGUGUUCAUCUACGUCCAGCUCUGGCUGGUCCUUCACUACAGGCACAAGAGGUUCAGUUAUCAAACUGUCUUUCUGUUUCUGUGCCUGUUUUGGGCCUCUCUUAGGACAGUGCUCUUUUCAUUUUACUUCAAAGACUUUGUCACAGCAAAUUCUCUCAGCCCCUUCAUCUUCUGGCUUCUCUAUUGCUUCCCAGUCUGCCUCCAGUUUUUCACCCUGACCCUGAUGAAUCUUUACUUCACACAGGUGAUUUUCAAAGCUAAGUCAAAAUAUUCCCCUGAGCUACUGAAAUACAGGUUGCCCCUCUACCUGGCUUCUCUUUUCAUAAGUCUCCUCUUCCUCUUGGUGAAUUUAACAUGUGCAGUAUUGGUGAGGACACAGAAUUCAGAGAGAAAAAUCAUUGUCUCAGUCCGGGUGGCAAUUAAUGACACAUUGUUUGUGCUGUGCGCUGUUUCACUCUCCAUCUGCCUGUAUAAGAUCUCCAAGAUGUCUUUAGCCAACAUUUACUUGGAGUCCAAGGGCUCAUCUGUCUGUCAGGUGACAAGUAUAGGAGUGACUGUUAUACUACUUUAUACCUCACGAGCCUGUUACAACUUGUUCAUCUUAUCGUUUUCCCAAACCAAGAAAGUCAACUCUUUUGAUUAUGAUUGGUACAACGUGUCGGAUCAGGCAAAUCUGAAAUGUCAGCUGGGAGAUGCAGGUUACAUAGUGUUCGGAGUGAUCCUUUUCGUCUGGGAGCUCUUGCCUACUUCCUUGGUUGUGUAUUUCUUCCGUGUCCGAAAUCCUACGAAAGAUCUAGCCAGCGCAGGAAUGGUCCCGAGCCACGGCUUCAGUCCCAGAUCUUACUUCUUCGACAACCCCCGCAGAUACGACAGUGACGAUGAUCUAGCCUGGAAUAUUGCCCCACAGGGGGCACAGGCCAGUUUCUCUCCAGACUACUAUGACUGGAGCCAUCAGAACAACAGCUUCAUGGCUUACAUAGGAUCCCUCCAACAAGAUCCAGCACUGGACACAGACCGGCCAAGCCCAAUUUAACUUCAAUCAACUACAGCAUCUAGGACAUUCCAAUAUUAAAACCAAUCUUCUGAAAAACAAAGCUUAGCAACUUUUCUUCACCUUUUGGUUUUUAGAGAUUUUCCUAUGCACACAUAAAUGAAGAACCUUGCCAUGAGCUUUUCAUAGUUCAAGGAGAAGUAUAAGCUAAUGAUUUAAACUUUGAAGACUGUUCCAAUUAAUACCCUGUUCUAAGCCAUGGGAUUUUGGCUUUGAAUAGAGUUGUUAGAAGGUAUAAUUUAAUCAUUUUUAUGCUCAUUUUAAAAGAGCAAAUUUCAUGAAGUGAAAUGGCAUAAUUAUUUUCUAAGUAUUUUUAUUUUUACACUGUGUAUAAAGUUAGAAAUACAUGAUUAUGAUCAAUAUACUGUAAACACAUGAAUAGAUUUUUCAAAUGCAUGACAGUUGCAAUUUUUACAUGCACAUCAAAGCCUGUAAGAAAAAAAAAAAAAUCAACCCAAUUAAAUACUGUCUCUUCAAG